AUGGCGCACGCCGCCGAGCUCGCGUUCCUGGCCGCCGUCCUGCUGCUGGUGGCGCCGCCGCGCGCCGGGGCCCGGCACCACCACCACCACGAGCCCCAUGGAGGCGGUGGCGGCGGCGGCACGCGCGCGGUGAUGACGGUGAACGGGUUUGAGAAGGGCCAGGAGGGGGGCGGCCCGGCGGCGUGCGACGGGCGGUACCACAGCAACGGCGACCUGAUCGCGGCGCUGUCCACGGGGUGGUUCGCCGGCGGGCGGCGGUGCCACAGGCCGAUCCGCAUCACGAGCGCGCGGACGGGGCGGUCCGUGGUGGCGAAGGUGGUGGACGAGUGCGACUCCCGGCACGGCUGCAGGAACAACGUCGUCGACACGUCCAGGGCCGUCUGGGACGCGCUCGGGCUCGACACCGACGCCGGCGUCGUCCCCGUCACCUGGUCCGACGCCUGA